UAUAAGACUUACGUCUCUAGUUACAGGUAAUUCAAUACACAGAUCUAGACAAGUAUGGCUUUUCUUCGCAUUUCAGUCAUUAUUUUAUCUUUUUCCUUGGUUUUUGGAAAACUUGGAGAAGAUGUCAACGAGUUUGAAAAAAUGCGAGAAGACAACAUGAAAUUGUUUAAUUCCCUUAAACAGGAAAUGAAUACCAUCCGUAUGGAAAACCAGAAGCUCCAUUUGGCUAAUGAGCAACUCUCCGAGAGACUUGACACGCUGGAGUCAACUGGAGGCUUACACAGGCUAGCACGGCAAACAAGUUCCCGUGUGGCUUUCUACGCAAUGAUCAGAUACAAUAUCCCACACGUCUCAACACACCAGACCCUCCAUUUUGACUCGGUACAGACUAACGACGGGAACGCUUAUAAUCCGGGUACAGGAACAUUCACGUGCCCCGAGACGGGAACAUACAUGUUUCACUGGAGUAUCAACCAGGCCACGCCCACCCACGGCUUAGGUGGAACCAUCAGCACCAGUCUUCUCAAGAACGGUAUGUUGACUGCCUCGCUUCAGACCGGAGACAAUAACGUACCAGCCUCGAGUUCCAACUCCGCUAUAUUGCAUCUUCGUGCUGGGGACCGAGUUUAUGUCCAGAUCGCCCAGGCCAGCAGCGAUGCCUACAUUGGUCAAACUUACUCUGGUUUCUCUGGAUUUAAACUGUACUAACUGUACGUCUAAAUGAUAGGCAUUUAUAAAUAACUAUUUUUCGGGUUUCGAUAAAUGUCAUUUUUCACCGCUAAAAAUGUAACAAAUUAUACUUGAUAGAUUCUGUCAAUGACAACAAAAUACUGGUGAGAAAUAUAUCUGCGGCAAGAUGAUCUAUCGUGAGAGAUGAUUUAUACAACUAUUUAUAUUGUUAACCUAAAGGUCAUUUUGUGCCAGUACAUUUCGUGUACGUAGUUUUCAAUGUCGGGGUUAAAACUAGUUUACAUUUCAUAGUGAGGUUAUAUGCAUGAUAACUGGUAAGUAUUACAUACGACUAACGUGAAUAUCAGACACCUUUGUGUGUAGAUUCCCGGAUAGUUCAUACUGAUAUUACUGAAUUACUGUUUUGUGUUGAUUGGUGGUUUUAUCAAUAUUAAAUACACAUUUUAUGAACUA